UCUUAACCACCGAAGAAGAACCAGCGGCAGAAGAAGACGAAGAAGAAGGACCCAGAAGCAGCCCGCGAAUUGUCUGUGUUUCUCUGGGGUUUUAGAGCGGUUCAUGUUUUGUGUACCUCUGUGGAAAGGGACAUUUUUUCUGCAAAAAGCGCUUUGUAGGAAGGAUUUAAGGAAGCAGUGUUUCCACAGGUUGUUUCCAGUUGAACUUGGCCGGUUCCCGUCUUUGAGAGUGACCCACUGCAGGUUAUCCUUCUGUCACACUGCUGCAGGGUCCAGGAUGAGGAAGAAGCUGCUGUUGGAUGUGGACUGUGGCGUGGACGAUGCUCAGGCCAUCAUGAUGGCCCUGGCCGCCCCCAAUGUGCAAAUCUUGGGCAUUACCUGUGUGCAUGGAAACACCUCAGUGGAGAAUGUGUGUAAAAACGUAUUGCGAGUCCUGCAAGCCUGCAGUCACCUCGAGAUUCCAGUGUUUAAAGGCGCUGCUAUGCCGAUCCUCGGCGACAGCGGCAUCAGCUCGGGGGACUUCCACGGGAAGGACGGCCUGGGUGACGCUCCUGACUCCAAGGCUCCUGGUUUGGAGCUUGUUCAGAAGGAAAACGCGGCGAUUGCUAUGAUCAGGAUUGUAAACGAGAACCCGGGAGAGGUAUCUCUGGUUGCCACGGCACCCCUCACCAACUUGGCUCUGGCUGUGAAGAUGGAUCCAUCUCUGCCGAGCAAACUCAAAGGCCUCUACAUUAUGGGAGGCAACACUGAAUCUCGAGGGAACACCACAGUGUGUGGGGAGUUUAAUUUUGCUGUGGAUCCAGAAGCUGCAUACAUCGUGCUUAAAGAGUACCGCUGUCCUACCUACUUGGCCGGCUGGGAGUUCACCUGCUAUAACAAGUUAACCUGGGAGUUCUGCGAUGAAUGGUUGGCGCAGAACACCAGUAAAGCUCGCUUCAUGAAGAAGAUCUUCCACCACAGCUACCUGGCGGCGCAGACUGAACGCUUGCAGAAAGAGUGCGUCGCCGGUUCGGGUUUCAUUUCCUGCGACUCGUACGCCGUGGCUGCCGCCAUAGAUGAUUCGUUCAUCAUAGAAAGCGACCAAUACCCAGUCAGCGUGGAGCUGUCAGGCACGCACACCAGAGGCAUGAUGAUAGUAGACACUGUGGGUUUCCUGAAGGACGCUCGCGAGGUUUGUCUCAUGAGGAAGGUGGACUUGGAGAAGUUCAAGCAGAUGAUGAUGGCAGCUUUACAAUAAUAUUUAAAUUGGCCAAAAGCGGCACCUUUACAGUUUUGUUUUAAUGGGGCGGGCAACAUAGACGUCCAGGUUUGUGAAUGCGAAUAUUUGAGGGUCCAAGUCCCUGUUUGAGUAUUAAAAUCAACAUAAUUUCCUUAGGGAUUAAUAAAGUAUUCUAAUUCUGUAUUCUGAUCAAACCACCAAUCUUCCAUUAGUAGAUGAUCUGCUCAGCUGCAGUCAUACCUUCAUAUGGAAGAAGAGUUGCGUGGCAUGUAAAACACCCAUUAUUAUGUGAAAGAAUGCAGAGCCUAAAAUAAAGAGCCCUGCUUAACAGAAAGUUUAUAAUCACUGUUGUGAUCGGCGAGAUCUCCAGCUAGGAUUUUAGAAAGCCUUUAUAUUUCCUUCAUAAUUACUGUGAUGGACAAGUGUUGUAGGUCUGCUACUGAAACAGACACAUCCCAUGAUAUCGAUGCUCAGAGUUGAUCAUAAGAAGGAAAAAAAAGGUCUUGAAUAAAAAUCAGACUUAUCUUUAUUUAAUGACACCAAGUGGGAUUUAAUACAUUUGUUUUUCAUCCUUGAGAAUUUGAGCUCACUCUUAUACUUACGAAGUUACAAGGACUCAGAGUUUUGAGCCACAUCUGUUUUAAUUAUAGUGUAAUUCUGAAGGGGUCAAACUGACUUUAAUUGUGGAAUGACCCAACUGUGAAGGUACAUGGGGGGGACAUGAAGAACUUGAUUUGCUUAUUCUGUGACUGAAGAAACUGUAACAAGUGAGAUAUUAAACUGUUCGCAAUGGUGGUCAUAAGUCGGCACCCUGCAUAGAGCAGAAACUGCAAGCUACACCUGUGAACUGACUGACAUAGCACCGCCUCUGUGUAGGACACCUCAUUUGUAUAAUGUUUAUACUGUAGACAAGUUUGCUAUCAAUCAGAAGUUCAAUAUAAUGUUUUGAAACAAACUCUUGUCCAUUGUAAUCAUUAGUUUAUUACAAGUGUUUGCAUUUUCUUAAACACACACUCAUCCAACAUUUUUCUCCCAAGAAAUAAAAACUCCCAUCGAUCA